CGGGCGUGCGCGUUGACGGCUCGCGUCCCUGUUAGUCAGCGGAGCGGCCGAGGCUGGACGUUACGGCCGGAUCGCGGAGCCGCGAGCAGGGCUGAGUAGCGGCCGCGGCCACCGCGGGACGGCGCCGCUCUCCGCUACGGGCUUCCCGGUCGCCGUUGGCUGCACUGCCGGGACCUGGUCUUCUUAGGUUUUCUCAGCCCUGCAGUUGAGCUGAAUGAGAGUCCAGCAGAACACAAUACACUGCUGUACCCCAGUUCUUCCUAGGAGCUCAGGCUGCUGGUCCUGGCCUUCUUCUCUACCACCCUGCCAGCCUCGGUAGAUCUUUGGAUGAAGCCAUUAAACUGACUGCUUGCCAUCAUGAGCAGAAGCAAACGCGACAACAAUUUUUACAGUGUAGAGAUUGGAGACUCUACCUUCACAGUCUUAAAACGAUACCAGAAUUUAAAGCCAAUAGGCUCAGGGGCUCAAGGAAUAGUGUGUGCAGCUUAUGAUGCCAUUCUUGAAAGAAAUGUUGCAAUCAAGAAGCUCAGCCGGCCAUUUCAGAAUCAAACUCAUGCUAAGCGAGCCUACCGAGAACUAGUUCUUAUGAAAUGUGUUAAUCACAAAAAUAUAAUUGGGCUUUUGAAUGUUUUCACGCCACAGAAAUCCCUAGAAGAAUUCCAAGAUGUUUACAUAGUCAUGGAGCUCAUGGAUGCAAACCUUUGCCAAGUGAUUCAGAUGGAGUUAGAUCAUGAAAGAAUGUCCUACCUUCUCUAUCAAAUGCUGUGUGGAAUCAAGCACCUUCACUCUGCUGGAAUUAUUCAUCGGGACUUAAAGCCUAGUAAUAUAGUAGUCAAAUCAGACUGCACUUUGAAGAUCCUUGAUUUCGGACUGGCAAGGACUGCAGGGACGAGUUUUAUGAUGACGCCUUAUGUGGUGACUCGCUACUACAGAGCACCAGAGGUCAUCCUUGGCAUGGGCUACAAGGAGAACGUGGAUUUAUGGUCUGUGGGGUGCAUUAUGGGAGAAAUGGUUUGCCACAAAAUCCUCUUUCCAGGAAGGGACUAUAUUGAUCAAUGGAAUAAAGUUAUUGAACAGCUUGGAACACCUUGUCCUGAGUUUAUGAAGAAGCUACAACCAACAGUAAGGACUUAUGUGGAAAACAGACCUAAAUAUGCUGGAUAUAGUUUUGAGAAACUAUUCCCUGACGUGCUUUUCCCAGCUGACUCAGAGCAUAACAAACUUAAAGCCAGUCAGGCAAGAGAUUUGUUAUCCAAAAUGCUAGUAAUAGAUGCAUCCAAAAGGAUCUCUGUAGAUGAAGCUCUCCAGCACCCAUACAUCAACGUCUGGUAUGAUCCUUCAGAAGCAGAAGCCCCGCCACCAAAGAUCCCUGACAAGCAGUUAGAUGAGAGGGAGCACACAGUAGAGGAAUGGAAAGAACUGAUAUACAAGGAGGUAAUGGACUUGGAAGAGCGAACUAAGAAUGGAGUCAUAAGAGGACAGCCAUCUCCUUUAGGUGCAGCAGUGAUCAAUGGCUCUCAGCAUCCAUCGUCUUCACCGUCUGUCAAUGACAUGUCUUCAAUGUCCACAGAUCCGACUUUGGCCUCGGAUACAGACAGCAGUCUAGAAGCAUCGGCCGGACCUCUGGGCUGUUGUAGAUGACUACUUGGGACUUGGGAGGGUGGGAGGGGUGGGGAAUCGGUUAGUCAUUGAUAGAACUGCUUUUGAAACAAUUCAGUGGUCAUAUUUUUGAGUGAUUUUUUCAGAAAAUGUAGAAUUCAUUUUGUAGUAAAGUAGUUUAUUUUUUUUAAUUUCAAGUGUUGUAAUUUAAAACCUAAGUUGUGUUUUUAAACAGCAACAAAACUGUAUUGUAUUUUUGCUGUAAUUAACUGUAUAAUGUAAACCUAAUUAUUUUAUCAUGGUUUAAAUUUUUGCAUAUUUGCUUUAUCUUAUGCUGCUGAUUUUUUUUUACUGAAUUUGUAAGAUUUUUGUUUAUCAAAGCAACUAUUAAGUGGUGACUUGCAUAUAUCAUGAAUUAUUUAAGAUGUUUAUAAGUUUUUUAUUAGAAUUUAUUUUAGAUGUUUGUUCAUGAUGCUAUCCUUCAGGGUUAUGUGCUUAUCAAUGAAAUAACCCCAGAGGAGUAAGGGAAAAUAACCUGUAGUCAGUUAUAUUCAGGAAUAACUACUGUAAAUGAUGAACGUGUCAAGAAACCUCCAAUAUUUGCUACUUGCCAAUCCCAACUUAGUUUUAAACAAUUGGUAGACAACCUUACCUAAAUUUUGGCAGACACCUUAUUAUCUAAAUGGCAGAAUAACUCCAAGCAUGUCUUUAAAGAUGUUGGGCACAUCUUCUACCUUUUGAAUCUCCCCAGCGAAAACUUGAAUUAAGAAAUGUGGUAUGCUUUGAACAUUGGCGGCAUGCUUAGAGCUUUUGACCACACAAAGUCAAGAGGGUACUUGGUGAGUAUACAUUUCAGUGCAGAUCAACAGAUAGUUCGCCUGUACUAGCUAUGAGCCUGCUUCCGUAUACACGAGUUAAUCUCCUCAGGCUAUGUUGGUCCUGGCAUUGGUCAAAAGUCUGGACUUUCUCUUUUGUACAGUUUCUGGCCUCUGAACCUUUCUUAGUUCCUGUUUCCUUGGAGGGUCAGUCUAUUGAGCACUAGUUUGUUGUGGUGUUUCUGGCCAUUUGAUUCUACCUGUAGCAUAAUCCUAUUUCUACUAGCUGUCAGGAGGUUCCAAAGCCUACUUAAAUAUGUGUAGGUGACAUUUAAAUGAGCAAUAUGCCGUUCAUCUGAAAAUAGUAGCACACAGCCAUAUAUGUAGGAUGUCAUUUUCUAAGGACUGUUUCUUCACAGCGAGCAGAGCAGGCAUAGUGGUGGUUCUUUAGUCUGAGGCUUUGAUCUCCAAUGCAAUGCGCAGUGUGGACGUUGAGCAGUGUAAGAAUGGUGCUGCUCCUGACAAGUGUGUGUUAACUGUUUACAUUUUAUAUCUGCAGAACCCUUUCUCUGUAACUGAAUUCUUCCUAAGUAAAAUGUCAUCAAGGUCUCAUUAUUUCUGAAAUGACGUCUGGAAUGCCCAGGCACCUUUGAUAUUGUCUGGAAUAAGAGGGAUUCCAUGUAAAGACUUGGGAAAUACAUACUUCAUGAGCUUCAAGGCUGUAGGAGGAAGCCCCUUGGAGCCCACAACCGACAGGAGUAAGAACAGGCACAGCUCAGCAAAUUUUUGAAAGUUUGUUUAACAUUUUUUUUUUAAUUUAGUGUAGAAUUACUUUCAAGUAAGGUAUUUUAAGUCAUUGUUGAUGUGCAAUACUUAAGGUUAAGCUAUGUUAGCCUUUUAUAUCUUUUUAAAUGUAGCAAGUUAGUUUAUCAUAAUUUCUAGCCUCCCACCUUUUAGUGAUUCCUUUUCUACAUGUACAACAAGGUGCAUUAGUUUUAUUUGAUAAGUAUAAAUUUAAGACUUAUGCCUCUUGGGUUGUAGAAGUACAAGAUUGGAGUCAGGAUAUUAGUGGAAAUUGGAGCAUGAGUGUGUCCUUAUUUUGUGUUAGUUUUACAACUAAGUGGUUCUGUUUUUCCUAGGAUAUGAUGUGUCACUAUUGCACUUUAACAGCUUGACAUGCUUUCAUUAGUUUCCUGUGUUUUAUGUUUGAUUGCUGAGAAGCCAUCUUUCAUGAUGCAGAUUGUGGUUAAGUAAGGAAUACCAGUUGUUCUGAUUGUAUCAUGUAAUUGCCAGCUCCCACUUGCCAGUCAUCAUGUUUCAGUUGAAUUAAAAAAAAAAAACAAAAACAAAAAACAAAAACUAACAAGCUUUCAAUGCUUAAUGUAAACUGAAAUACUUAACACAAAUAUACCCUAAAAGCAAAGUCUGUUUGUUAAAUGUUUUGCCCCAGCUUUUGAAGAUCCAUUGUUUUACACAUCUCCCCGUUUUUGCUCAAAUGUUUUCAUAAAUCGUAUUGGUACUUUUA